AGAGAAGUAACCAAUAUGAGCAUUUACUUUGGAAACACACAUCAUCGAAUAAGGAUUGGCAGAAUACACUUGUAAAAUUGUCGGAUGUUUCUCGUUCGGCAUUGUAUUCGACCAAGAAGACGGAGGCUGUACUUUUCUACGAAAUAUUGGUUAACAUUUACCGGGCUAUAGAAUGACACAGAUCAGAAGAGAGUACUGUGAUUGAAAUGUCGAAUUCACCUAUUGCUUAGAAAGUGUAUGUUGGAAGGUGGUGGUUAUAAUAUUAAGAAGAUACGCAAGUUUUGGUUCAUUGUGCCUGGAGGAUCUACUUCUGAAUGAGCAAAAAUCCCAGCAGACGCCCAGAAUUGAGUUCAACUACUCAAAUUUAUACCCUUAAUGACAUAAUGCCCCCAUUCUUAAUCUUAAUUAUGAUUAGGCAGAGCUUAUUAUUGAACCUCCCAUGACUUCGAGAUGGACCAUACAGAGUCAGUUGUAUGCGUUGCCAGCAGUGACCCUCCCUGCAAACCCCCCAAUUUUUUCCGUUUAUUAGAACCUCCCUUCUUGGACAUGUCCUCAGCAACAUUUACUGGCACUCAGGUUGACUACUGAAUAAUACAGUAAAGUAAAAUUUAACAAUAGUGAAACCUUCUAGGUGAAGCAGCAACCCAAAAGUUGAUUUAAAAAUUAAUAUUUUGAAGACUUGCUGUAUUGCCAUCAUCAGGGACAGUGUAAUGCAAGCACCUCCCCCCCCUCCAGAUUAAUGCACUGGAAGGGCCAAGUGAGGUUGAAUGACAUUGUUCUCCAGGUUAAGCAACAGGUUACCAGGAUAUGAUAACUCCUCAAUUUGAAUCUGUUCUGCCAGGCAGGACAUCAGCAAGGACAGCAGUCACUCAUCUGAUAGAAAGAAGCUGGCACGCUUUAUACAAGAUGUGAUUGAACAGCCCAAGAGAUAUCUACAGGCAGACAGCUUCACAGUGGGUCAUAACAACGCAGCAGCAGCAAGCAUGCCCUCUGGUGUGGUUGACAGCCUGGAUGUUCACCAGGCAUGCAGUGACUCAGGGACAAGGACAAGGUCUAUCAGCGACUCAUGGGACACAGACUUCAGUGAUGAUGAGGAAGCCAGUAAGUUGCAGGCUUCCAGUCUGGCCAGCCCAGUUACUGCAGAAGGGGAGACUGAGGUGGAGUAUUGUAACAGUGAGAUUCUGCAGAAGCCUCCUAUACCAGUACGUCCUCCAGCACUUGCUCUAAAACCAACGUUCACAGCAUCGGCACCUAGCGAUAGCCAUAACCUACCAAAGCCACCAGUACCACCGGAGAGUGGCUGUUAUGGACACGUCAAGUCACUGGUCAGCACCCUCAACGUCCCUGAAAACACUGACCAGUUUGAUGAAGAAGAUUAUGAGAGUCUGGACAAAGGGGUGCAUGCUCCCAACAUAGAUGCUUUGGCAGCACAGCUGAAAAAGUCGCUUGAGGAGCGAGUACUGGCUGCAGCUGUCCCACGCCCCAUGCCCAGUGCUCAGGCAAAGAGGCGAACGCUGGAGACCAUUCCCCCACGGAGUAGGCCAGUCACAAAGAUCCCCCAGCAUCCGUCAACAUUGCCACUACAUGCCAACAAGUCGCAGGCUGUCCAGGGACACCACAGUGAGGAAUGUAACUCAGAUGAAUAUGAGUCUGUCAAGGAGAAUGAGAAACCAGCCCAGUUGCUACCUGGCGAUGGAACUGAGUACUACCUUCAGCCAGUGGGGCAGCCCGCAGACCCGAGGACUGGGGGCCCUCCGCCACUGCCUGCCAAACCCUGGAGCAAACCUGCUGAUGCAUCCCUGCCAUCCAUAAAGCCUCCAUCACCUCCAAGGAGAAAAUCGGAUGACAGUUCAUGCAGUCCUGGAAACUCAGGGGAUGGUGUAACAGGACGGUUAGGCGAAUUCUUCAGAAAGCUCCGGAGCCCAGCCAUCAGCAGCUCACAAGAUUCCAGAGAAAGGGCUCCAACGCCAGAAGUGAAAAAGGGUCCUGCACUGCCUGUGUCCAGUCACAAGCCACCAUCAGUGGAGCAGCGACCAAUCACAUUCCAGAGCACACAGCGCCCCUUGCCACCCACACCAGAUGACAGCAAAUUGCCAGAGAAGCCUACCACAGCUGGAUCCCGCAAGACCUUGAAGGUGGGACUCACACAGCAGCCAUGGUAUCACAGUGUGGAUCGCAAGCAAGCAGAAGAGAUGCUACGUAAUGAGGAAGAUGGUAGCUUCCUUGUGCGCCCCUCGGCACAAUCACAGAAUCCCCUAUCGCUGACACUGUGGUACAGAAGGCGACUGUACAACAUUGGCAUCCGUCACAGGUUGGAUGGACGCUACGCACUUGGAACUGAGAAGGAAAACGAGCAGAGUUUUGCUUCAGUGGAGGAGCUGGUGCAGAACUACCAAUCUGAGAAACUCGUAUUAUAUAGUGGGGGUGAGAAGACAGGCCGUACACUGCUGACAACUUCACCACCCCACUGACUGCUAAAUUGCUGCUGGCCUUUGCCAGCAUCUCAGAGUUACCAACUCACUAUGUGAUGCUGUCACCCUGCUAUAUUCACUGGACUGGCAAGUGCUGCUCCCAUGGUGCACUAGACAAGGACAUGUUGCUGCUUAACAUCACCAACUGAUGGAACAAAAAGCAAGAGGAGGGUUAGAAUGUUACAGGAUUCUUCAUGUAAUGGUUGCAUUACUCAGUGAUGAGCUGUUAUAUUACUUGGUUCAUGUUGGGUACAGUGUAGUGAACAUGACAUCAUUUCUUGUAUAAACAUUAUGGUGAUUCUUUGUUGCCAUAGUAUUAUGUGAAAGUUACAAUGUACUGGUUGAAGGACUACAGGAAUCACUAAUAGAUGGCUUUGUUCCAUGUAACUUAAUGAUGCAAAUUUCAAGUUACUGAGACGUAAUUACCAGAGAAAUAAAACAUUUAACUGACAGGUCUGAUUGGGUUGGGUACGUUAAACAUGAGGGUUCGUGGCAUGUGUCAGUCUCUCUGACGAAACAACAAAGUACAGUCAAUGUUCCAGGCUGAACGUAACAGGUUUGCAAUUCCUGCAGGGCGAUGUCAUCCCAUUGCAGACCAUGUAUGGUGCACAGAAUAGAACUAGGGAACAUUCUGCUCCGAAUACUGAGGAAAAUACAUAAAGGAAAGAAGCAAAGAGGGUUUUCAUUGACAUUUCCAGUGAAGUGAAUUUGACCUAUAACCAAGCCCCAUCCAUUCUUCCGUAUGCUCACAUAAGCAUUCCUCUUAUAUCUGUUCUCUACUCUCUCUGGUGGUUGUGACUUCACUGUUUUUGCUACAUACAGGAAACAUACAUACCACAUGUUGCAUACCAAAUUAAUAGUGUUUGUGUUGAAGUGAUACAGAAUAUUAUCUCACGACAGUGGAAAUCAGAGCUGAGGUGGUGAUGGUCGAAAUCUAAAUGGAGGAGUGCUUAACAACUGUGUGCAUUGCUAUGGAAGUCCCUUUGCAGAAGAAUAGUGAAAUUAUACAUUAUUUAAGUAGGGUGUAACUUCUGCUUUGCUCUCAGGUAGGGUAAAUUCUUUGUUCUUGUGUUCUGCUUACACUCCAUUAUGACCACUGGAUAUAAUAUUUAACUGUGCUGUAAAAACAUGUCAAUUUCAACUUACCCAGAAUCAGUGUUCUCCAGAGGUUGCCUUCCAGCAAGACUCUUUACAUUACCUGCAGUAAUGAGUCUGUUAGUACCAAAUUAAUAAAAAAAAUAUUCACAAGUAUUGACUGACCAACAGGCAGGUCUGAAUUUAUUUGCGUUGUCUGUUGUUUCCUGCCAACAUACCUACGAACUUUGUGUUAAUUGUCCAAUCCUGAAACCGCGCUUCUGUAUUUAGUAACGUGUGUUCAAAAUAAUAAGCUAAAUAAAUAAAAAGCUAAGUUUAGAAGUCCUACU